AUGGCGGCGGCCGGCGGCGUUCGCGGCUCAGAGCCCGGCCCGGGCGCAGCGCCGGGCGGUGCCGGCGACACCUCCCUCCUCGGCAGCGCCAAAACGUGGCCCUUGAAGCGCUAUGGCCGCUUCCUCCCGCCGAGGGACGGGGACGAUGAGGGGCAAAACACCUCGUGGAAGGUGUUUGAAUCAAAUGAAGAAUCAGGCCCUCUUGUCCUUACCAUUGUGGUUUCUGGCCAUUUCUUUAUUUCCCAAGGGCGAACAGUUCUGGAGGGCUUUUCAUUGAUUGAUUCCCACAAGUGGCUGAAGAUAGUGAGGAGAGUAGACUGCCUGCUGCUCCGGGCACAGGCAAAGAACGAGUGCCGCAUGUUCCGAGUGCAGUUCGGUGGGAGUUCCAAGGAGGAGAUGCUGGGACACUGCUGCAGUUGUGUUCACAAACUGUCCGAGUACGUUCCCGUGCACGAGGCUGAGGAGCAGAGCCAGCAGCUGUACCACGGCCUCAGCCAGGAAAACCAGGGCAUGGACCCCGAGCAUGGACCAGAUGAGUCUCUACAAGAUUCCUGCACAAGCCUUGGAGAAAGAAGAUCUGUAGCGCAGCUAGCACAGUCCGUGCUGAGGAGGAGGCCCGAGCUGCCCCUGGCCUACAGGCACGUGGUGUGGCCUGCACAGGAGCUGGGGCCCUUCAUCCGCCUCUGCCUCAUGGACCAGCACUUCCCAGCCUUCGUGGAGGACGUGGAGAAGGAACUGCAGAAACUCACAGAAGGUUGA